GAGCUUGUAAUCCCAGCUACUCGGGAGGCUGAGGCAGGAGAAUCACUUGAACCUAGAAGGCAGAGGUUGCAGUGAGCUGAGAUCGCGCACUCCAGACAGUGAUGGAGAAGAAACGGGGAGAGAGAAACUGUCAGAGGGAGGGGGAGAGAGGCGGUCUGAGAGAUAGACACUGAGGUAAACCCGCCUCCUUCCCCAGCCCCACAGGCAUAAGUAGGCAGAAGCUCACCCCCACACUGACCUCCUUCUUGGUGCCCUCACAGCGGCAGCCAGUCCUCCCUCAGCUCUGCCCGCCUUCUCUCCUGCUGCUGGCCAAGCUCAUUAAGUUGCUACCUUGGCCACAACUGAAGGCCCCACGCCCUGGGGAGAAAACCACUGAAGAGGCGUCCCUGCUCCCCAGCACCCCAAACCAUCAAUUAAUAUUAACGAGCGAAGGCUCCUCGCUGCCUAAAGACCCCCACUGGGGCUCUAGUGGAGGAGAGGCCCCGCCCCCAUGACUCAGGAGGUUAAAGGGCCUGGUGCCAGCUUCUGAGACCAGUGUCCAGAUGGCGUGCAGCAGUGGGAGGGUCACCAUCCAGCUCGUGGACGAGGAGGCUGGGGUCGGAGCUGGGGGCCUGCAGCUCUUUCGGGGCCAGAGCUAUGAGGCAAUCCGGGCAGCCUGUCUGGAUUCGGGGAUCCUGUUCCGUGACCCUUACUUCCCUGCUGGCCCUGAUGCCCUUGGCUAUGACCAGCUGGGGCCUGACUCGGAGAAGGCCAAAGACGUGAAAUGGAUGAGGCCCCAUGAGUUCUGUGCUGAGCCGAAGUUCAUCUGUGAAGACAUGAGCCGCACAGAUGUGUGUCAGGGGAGCCUGGGUAACUGCUGGUUCCUUGCGGCCGCCGCCUCCCUUACUCUGUAUCCCCGGCUCCUGCGCCGGGUGGUCCCUCCUGGACAGGAUUUCCAGCAUGGCUACGCAGGUGUCUUCCACUUCCAGCUCUGGCAGUUUGGCCGCUGGGUGGACGUCGUGGUGGAUGACAGGCUGCCUGUGCGCGAGGGGAAGCUGAUGUUCGUGCACUCGGAACAGCGGAACGAGUUCUGGGCCCCACUCCUGGAGAAGGCCUAUGCCAAGCUCCACGGCUCUUACGAGGUGAUGCGGGGCGGCCACAUGAAUGAGGCUUUUGUGGACUUCACAGGCGGCGUGGGUGAGGUGCUCUAUCUGAGACAAAACAGCAUGGGGCUCUUCUCUGCCCUGCGCCAUGCCCUGGCCAAGGAGUCCCUUGUGGGCGCCACUGCCCUGAGUGAUCGGGGCGAGUACCGCACAGAAGAAGGCCUGGUGAAGGGACACGCGUAUUCCGUCACGGGCACACACAAGGUGUUCCUGGGCUUCACCAAGGUGCGGCUGCUGCGGCUGCGGAACCCAUGGGGCCGCGUGGAGUGGACCGGGGCCUGGAGUGACAGCUGCCCACGCUGGGACGCACUCCCCACCGAGUGCCGCGAUGCCCUGCUGGUGAAAAAGGAGGAUGGCGAGUUCUGGAUGGAGCUGCGGGACUUCCUCCUCCACUUCGACACGGUGCAGAUCUGCUCGCUGAGCCCGGAGGUGCUGGGCCCCAGCCCGGAGGGGGGCGGCUGGCACGUCCACACCUUCCAAGGCCGCUGGGUGCGCGGCUUCAACUCCGGCGGGAGCCAGCCGAGUGCUGAAACCUUCUGGACCAAUCCUCAGUUCCGUUUAACGCUGCUGGAACCCGACGAGGAGGAGGACGAGGAUGAGGAAGGGCCCUGGGGGGGUUGGGGGGCUUCAGGGGCGUGGGGCCCAGCGCGGGGGGGCCGCACGCCCAAGUGCACCGUCCUUCUGUCCCUCACCCAGCGCAACCGACGGCGCCUGAGAGCCAAGGGCCUCACUUACCUCACCGUGGGCUUCCACGUGUUCCAGAUUCCAGAGGAGCUGCUGGGCCUCUGGGACUCCCCGCGCAGCCGCGCGCUCCUGCCCCGGCUGCUGCGCGCCGACCGCUCGCCCCUCAGCGCCCGCCGCGACGUGAGCCGCCGCUGCCGCCUGCGCCCGGGCCACUACCUGGUGGUGCUGAGCACCGCCCACGCCGGCGACGAGGCCGACUUCACUCUGCGUGUCUUCUCCGAGCGCCGCCACACGGCCGUGGAGAUCGACGACGUGAUCAGCGCAGACCUGCAGGCUCUCCAGGGCCCCUACCUGCCCCUGGAGCUGGAUUUGGAGCAGCUGUUUAAGGAGCUGGCUGGAGAGGAGGAAGAGCUCAAUGCCUGGCAGCUGCAGGCCUUACUAAGCAUUGCCCUGGAGCCUGCCAGGGUCCACACCCGCACCCCCAGAGAGAUCGGGCUCAGGACCUGUGAGCAGCUGCUGCAGUGUUUCGGGCAUGGGCAAAGCCUGGCCUUACACCACUUCCAGCGGCUCUGGGGCCACCUCCUGGAGUGGCAGGCCAUAUUCCACAAGUUCGAUGAGGAUGCCUCUGGAACCAUGAACUCCUUCGAGCUGAGGCUGGCGCUGAAUGCGGCAGGCUUCCACCUGAACAACCAGCUGACCCAGGCCCUCACCAGCCGCUACCGGGAUAGCCGUCUGCGUGUGGACUUCGAGCGGUUCGUGUCCUGUGUGGCCCAGCUCACCUGCAUCUUCUGCCACUGCAGCCAGCACCUGGAUGGGGGCGAAGGGGUCAUCUGCCUGACCCACAGACAGUGGAUGGAGGCGGCCACCUUCUCCUAGGAUCUCAGGACGGGUGCACCUGCUGCUUGGGGCAGGGUUGCUGGCAAGACCACCUCCCUAGCCCCUGCCUGGCACGGGUGCUGCUCUCUCUGGCAUCCACCCACCUGGAGCUGAUCUCUGGCCCCCACCGCUCACGGCCGGGUGACCACUCUGGCCUGUGUGCUGCUCACUCAGAAACAAGGACAGUGACAGCCCCUCUUGAGUAGAUGACACGAGCUAGUCCACGUUGACAGCUUAGGACGGUACUAGCUCUACCCUGGCCCUCCUAGGAGUGGAGGACAGACACGAGAGAGAAAAAAGAUGACACUGCAGGAAUCCUUCUUAAAAAUAUUACAUGUUUUAUUAUCCUGUCCCCAGAGGGUGGUUUAUCCAGAAACCGAGAAAAAAAAUCAAUCAGAAUAAACUCAAAAAAAAAAAAAAAAAAGGGUAGGGGGAGCAAAACCAUCAACCACCAGGCAGCCAGGCCAGCAGCCCACCUCCACUCUGGAGGGUCCCCAGAGAGCCCCGCCCGACGCAGAGCCGGAGGAGCGUCCGCGGGGGCCCGGAAGAGAAUGGGCUGUGUCUUCAUGAUGGGAGCAGGAGAGACGGCAGAGAGACGUUGCUAGGUGAAUAUAUAUUUAUAUAAUAAAUCCGUACGUUAAUAAAGUAAAUAGUAAUCCUCUGAAAGUUUUUAA